AAAAGAUCCGACGGACAGGAGCUGUCACCAUGGGCUAUAUAGGGUAUCGGUCAACCCCACUGAUUGUGGCUCUAGGUGACUCGAUCACUCAGUUCGGCGCCGAUCCAGCCAUCCAAGGCUUUCAAGCGCUUUUGUCGCAGGACUACGUACGUAAGGCCGACGUACUGAACCGCGGCUUGUCGGGGUGGACAACUCGUUGGUGGGUGCAAUACUUACCGCAACUCAUUCGCGAGUGCGGUGACAACGCCCCCGUGCUGGUGAUCAUCGCGCUGGGGGCGAAUGAUGCGUCCCUAGCAAGUGGCGAGUCGCACAUUCGACAUGUCCCUCUCGACGAAUAUCAAUCAAACUUGCGAGUAAUUGUCAACGGCCUUCGUGCAGCGUUUCCCCUCUGCCAGUAUUUGUUCCUGACACCCCCUGCCGUCGAUAACUCCAAGUGGAAUCCCGCCGACAAGCUCAACGCCGUCACGCAAGCGUAUGCGAAAGCGUGUGUUCAAGUCGCGGUCGCGCUCAACAUUCCUGUGAUUGACACGUGGCAAGCCACACAAGGUCGGUGGGAGUUAUUCCGCGACGGAGUGCACCCCAACACGCAAGGCAACGUGCUCUUUCAUCAGCUCAUUCAAUCGUCGAUUGCGGCUUCAUAUCCACAUCUAACUCCGCAAACUCUUCCCCUCAACUACCCCGACACUCCUCCAUCGUGAGAAGUUAUCGCUGCUCCGCCGACCGCAGAGAUCACCGUGGCACCCAACAUCGAAUCGCAUCAUGGUCUAACCAUCACGUUCCAAGUAUCCAGAGCUCUAAUGGUGUUAAGAGAUGUGAUUCCAUCCGGGGCGGAAGGGACCUCGGACGGAGCACGAUGUCUUUGUCGGCCAGUCCAUUCCCUCA